AUGGGCUCUCGGCUUGAUGCAAAUUCUCACGCAGUGCGCAAGCGCAUCGAAAAUCAUGACUUCCAUGAUGAGGCCGGCGAAGAGUACGAACCUUCGAAAUUCGGCGGUUUCAGCGAUUAUUUUCGGCGAAAGAAGAUCAAACUUCAGAAUCUCGAUGCUGAUAUCCGAGCAACUUCCGGCGACUGUCCCCAGAUAUUUCGUGGCGUUGUGGCUCAUGUAAAUGGAUAUACCCAGCCGUCUCUGCAAGACCUCCAUCGAAUCAUUGUCAGUCAUGGUGGAGGAUUCUUACAAUACUUGGAUGGAAAGACGGCGGCGACGCAUAUUAUUGCAAGUUCGCUGACGCCGAAGAAAUGCGAAGAGUUUCGACGGUAUCGCAUCGUUAAACCCGCGUGGGUCACAGAGAGCGUGGCAGCAGGUCGCUUGCUACCUUGGCACGACUAUCGAGUUGUUGACGAGGGUCAAUCUCAAAGAGUUUUGAAAUUUGGAGAUGCUCAAUUCACCAGUCAAGCCAACACUCCAAGAGGUGGUUACCGUGAUCAAUCCAAGUCAAGCUGGUAUAAUUCUCAAUUAAAGUCUGUUCCAGUGGCAGAUACACGCGAUGACACUUCAUCUGAUAUGCCCACGACGCCUUCGAGGCCGACCCGGCUGGGGGGCAUGGCUGAUGAGCACCGCAGUAUGACCUCUCAAGCCACACAAUCUGACUACGGGGAAUUCCCCAGCUUUGAGACUUUGGACGGGCAAGACAAGUCGGAGGCAAAAGAAGAGACUUCGGCGCCUCAGAAUGCGAACGAUGUACCAGGUGGACCAGCAUUACCGUCCAGUGGGGUUUUGACCCCGCGAAAUGUACGUACACGAAACACCGGCAGUCAAACACCUCAACGGCCAACAGAGACAAUGUCUCCCGGGAAGCAAAUGAGUCCCGCUAGUCUUCAGAUGACAUCGGAAGAAUACAACGCCCAACUGCUUGCCGAUCCUCGGAUGAGAAAAUCCAGCGUGGUCAACCCUGAAUUCCUGCAGCAAUACUAUAGGGAGUCUCGACUUCAUCAUUUGUCUACGUGGAAAGCGGACCUGAAAGCACAAUUACAGGCUGCAACCCGUGAGAAGGCAUUAUCUGGCACAACUCGGAGAAGACCAGUACCUGGGGCCAGAAGAUAUGUUCUUCACGUUGAUUUCGAUUCCUUCUUUGCAUCGGUUUCAAUUCUUAAGCAUCCGGAACUUCGCGAGAAGCCGGUUGCCAUCGCUCACGGGUCUGGAUCCGGCUCUGAGAUUGCAAGUUGCAAUUACGUUGCCCGGGCUCAGGGCGUUAAGAACGGCAUGUGGAUGAAGAGCGCCUUGCAAUCUUGCCCGAACCUUCAAGUGUUGCCCUACGACUUUCCUGCUUAUGAAGAUGCCAGUCGGAAAUUUUACAAUGCAGUUCUGUCCGUGGAUGGGGUUGUUCAAAGUGUCAGCAUUGAUGAAGCACUCCUAGAUGUGAGCAAUCAAUGUUUGGAUGCUGCGGGAUCAGAUGGCAAAUGCAUCUCAGAAGGGUCGAUUUAUCGCGAGCAGGCGAAAGCUGACCAAAUAGCGCAAAGCCUGCGUGACUCAAUAAAGGAAAAAACUGGUUGUGCUGUUUCUGUCGGAAUCGGCGGCAACAUUCUUCUGGCCAAGGUUGCGCUGAGAAAAGCAAAGCCUGCCGGGCAAUUUCACUUGAAACCUGACGAUGUACUGGGUUUCAUCGGAAACUUGACUGUCCAAGACCUUCCCGGUGUUGGUUACAGUCUUGGAUCGAAGCUCGAAGAGAUUGGAGUGAAAUACGUCAAGGAUGCAAGGGAAUUGACGAAAGAGAGGCUCUGCGCCAGUCUUGGUCCGAAAACGGGGACAAAAAUUUGGGAGUACGCCCGCGGCAUAGACAAGACGGAAGUGGGCAACGAAGUGAUCAGAAAAUCCGUGUCAGCGGAGGUCAACUGGGGCAUCCGUUUCACCAACCAAGAUCAGGCCGAGGAUUUCAUCAAAUCACUUUGCGAGGAGCUGGCUCGCCGAUUGGCAGAGAAUCUCGUCAGGGGAAGGCAACUCACAUUAAAGGUGAUGCGAAGGGCCUUGGACGCACCGCUGGAGCCAGUUAAACAUCUCGGUCAUGGCAAGUGCGAUAUCUUCAAUAAAAGUGUCGUUCUUGGAGUGGCCACCAUCGUUCCCGACGUCUUGGGAAAGGAGGCUGUUUCCAUGUUGCGGAGUCUCAACUUCUCUCCCGGCGACCUCAGAGGACUCGGUGUGCAGAUGACGAAACUUGAGCCACUGAAGAAUGGACCGUCAACUGCCAUUGAGGGCAGCCAACGGCAACUCAAUUUUUUCAAGUCGCCAUCACGCAAAUCCGUCCCAGCAGCGGAAGUUGAUCCGGAUGAAUUGGAGAGUCCUCGCAAGGGUGAUUCGGUGCGCAUUCAGGUCGAUCCAGUGCUAAGCAAUAGCGCUCACAAGCCGCUGAACAUCUCUGGAUCCCAAUUCAUCAUGCCCACCCAGGCAGACCCCAAGGUCAUAUCAGAGCUUCCAGUUGAUAUCAGGGCGAGACUCGUGGCUCAGGUUAAGCCUAGUGCGAGAUCCCCGCGAUCUGGCUCCCCUUGCCCACCGCCUCGCCGUCAAGGAGCUGAGACCACGGCCUCGGCACCCUUACCUCCUCAGUCACAGUUGGACCCGGAGACACUCGCUGCUCUGCCCGAAGACGUUCGUAAUGAGGUCCUUGGGUACUACAAUCAGCAACCUGCACCCACUGCAGAUGCUCAGCCUGUACAGGCGUUUUCGAACACAUCUACGGGGGUGACCCGUCGUGGAGUGCCUCCUGGUGGAGCAUUGAUGAUGCUUAAAAGGCCAGUAACUCCUCCCAAGAGAAGAAGAGGUCGUCCUCCCAAAUAUGCUUCGGCCACGAACAGAGCCUUGACUCGGACCACUACGGCUGCUCCGAGAGUAACUACAACCACAUCCUCAGUCGUUUCGAGGGGCUCGGGGCGAGACUCCAUGUCACGCCAGCAGUCGCCCGCGCUUGAAGAAGAGUCGGAGGUUUCGGAAGAUUUUCUUGCAGCUCUUCCGGAAGAUAUCAGGCAAGAGGUAAUAGAGGAGCAAAGACGCUCGCGUCUACGAAAAGCUCGCGCCUCUGCAGCUGUAGCUGCGCGUCCAGUCUCUCAGCCCCAGAAUUCCAGUUCGGCCGGUGCUCACCUCUCCGCACCUGCUGCCGAGAAGACAGUGCCACUCCCUCCACUCCCAGCUCGGCCUGUCUUUACCUCGCGUCGACUGUCCGAUUUGCCAGACCUCAGGAACGCGGUCAAGGCAUGGCAUUCGGCUUUUACGGCCGAGGGCCCAUAUGUGGAAGAUGUAGAGGUCCUCUGUACUUAUUUGCGGCGUGUGAUCAGUGAUGAGCAUGAUAUCGACAAGGCGGUCUCUGUGGUUCGAUGGCUCAUGUGGCUUGUGAGUGAGGAUAUGCUCGAUCGAAACAGAGAGCUUACUACGAGUCCACCUUCGGGUCAGGGUGAACAGGGCACUGUGACAUGGAAUGCCGCGAUCGGGAUGAUGCAACAGAGUGUGCAGGCCACGCUCGAGGGGAGAAAUAUACCACCGGUAGAUUUUGACUAG